CGGCAAUCAUGGAUUCAUUUACUGUUGUGUGUGUGUACUGUGAGUGAGUGUGUUUCGUUAGAUCCCCGGCAACGUCAGUUUAUUUUAUAAUUAUUUUUUUCUGUGAAAAAUACAAUAGUUAUCGUUGCCAAAACAUGAAUUCGUUACCUUCUAUAGAGACAGUCUACCAGGCUGUAUUUUCGCUGUACAAAAAUCCAAAUCCCUCGGAAAAGGAGAGAGCUUCGCAGUAUCUGAACGAUCUUCAAAAAUCGGUUUAUGCAUGGAAAAUAGCAGAUGAGAUGCUCCAUCAAAAAAAGGACUUAGAGUCAUGUUAUUUUGCUGCACAAACUAUGCGUACCAAGAUACAAUUGUCCUUUCAUGAGUUACCAGUAGAAUCUCAUACUUCCUUGAGAGAUUCACUUUUAGAUCACAUAUCGCAAAUUAACAAAAAUACAAAUGCAAUCAUAGUUACUCAGUUAUGUCUAGCAUUAGCUGAUUUGAUACUUCAAAUGCCAACGUGGCAAAAUCCUAUAAUAGAUCUAAUACAAAAGUUUGGAAACAACCCUGCAAGUUUGUGGCCUUUGUUAGAAAUUUUGACAGUUUUAGCUGAAGAAGUGCAUUCGCGUUUUCUUAGGCUUGGAACAAAUCGCCGACAAGAGAUUGUUAGUCAUUUUUGUUCACAUGGAAAUUCUCUUUUAGAAUUUUUGUUAGGAUGUUGUAAAAAAGAUGACAUUCAAAUUUAUGUCACGGUUUUGAGGUGUUUAACUAGCUGGAUUACUAUACAUGCUAUAACUUUGACUGCUUCAUUAUUUACUAAUGUUAUAGCAUUAGCAUUUGACGUUUUACAAAAUGACGUAUCUGGAUCUGUAUUGCAUGAAGCAGCUUCAGACACUAUAUCAGUAACUUUACAAACACUGGAGGAAGAUACAUUAAGGAAUAGAGAUCCCAAUACUGCAGAGCCAAUAUUACCACUGCAGCAACUACAAAAGGUUCUGUUUGCAUGGAUCUUGAAUUUAGAGCAGCCUUAUCAUUUUUCUGUUGCUCAUGAAGAUAUGGACAAAUCGAUCAAUUAUUGUCGCAUUUUCACUGAAUUGGCAGAAACCUUUUUAGAAACUAUUGUACAUGGAUCUGAUGAUGGUAAACAUCAUUAUGCGAUAAAAGCUUUAGAUUUAGCUUUAGUAUGUGUUGGACACCAUGAUUAUGAAGCAACAGUUAUUACGUUCAAUUUAUGGUACAGGUUAUCUGAAAUUCUUUAUCAAAGAAACAGUGAUGACCUUACAUGUGUCUUUAAACCUUACAUAGAAAGACUUAUCAAUGCUCUUUGUCGGCAUUGUCAGAUGGAACCAGAUCAUCUUGGUUUAAUCGAAGAUGGCUGUGGUUUUGCUGAGUUUAGAGCUAAAGUUUUCGAGUUGAUAAAAGAUGUAGUUUUUGUCGUUGGAAGUAGUCAUUGCUUUAGACAAAUGUUUUCUACAUUAACAGUUGGGAUUGGGCCACAAAAUCAAGCACCUACAUGGGAAAUGACUGAGGCUGCUUUGUUUAUUAUGGUAGCAGUAGCUAAAAAUAUUUUACCUGAAGAAAAUGAUGUUGUGCCAAAAGUAGUUGAAGCUAUUUUAAAUUUACCUGAAAACACUCAUGUAGCUGUUAAGCAUACAAGUAUUCUUCUAUUAGGUGAACUUUGUGAAUGGAUAAACAAUCAUCCACAGUCAUUAGAACCAACACUCAAUUUUCUGUUGAACUGUUUGAGCCAAAAAGGUUUAGGAAGUGCAGCAUCAAAUGCAUUGCAAAGUAUUUGUGCAGCAUGCCCUCUGCAUAUGGCAUCACAUUUUCAAGGAUUAAUGCAAAUCGCACGUUGUCUUGACAAUUUUGCGAUUGGAAGUGAUGCUGCUAUAAAUUUGCUACAAGGUGUUGCUAAAAUUUUAUCAGAGUUACCGAAAGAUGAAAUUGAAAGGUAUAUGAAGGAGCUUUGUUGGUUCCAAGCAAGACCUUUAUGUCAUUUAAUAGAAGAAAGAGUACCUAUUCAGAGAGGGAGUAAAGCCGAUCCUGUCAUGUGGCUAGAUAGGCUAUCCUCCAUUUUUAUGUAUACAAGUCCCCAAGUUAAUGAUAUGAAUGAUACUCAUCCUUGUACAGCAGCAGCUAAUGAAAUGUGGCCAGUCAUAUCGAGCGCUUACGCAUUAUACCAAGAAGAUGCAAGAAUAAUGGAAAGGUGUUGUCGUUGCUUAAAAUUUAUCGUUCGUCGCCUAGAGAAAUAUUCUGCACAUCUCUUAGAGCCUUUAGUCAAGCAGAUCAUUGAGUUAUAUGCAGCUCAUAAACAUAGCUGUUUUCUUUAUCUUGGAUCUAUUCUCGUUGAUGUAUUUGGUACAGACAUGGAGUAUGUUUCUGGGUUACUAGGAAUGUUAGAAGCUUUCAUUGGUCCUGCUUUUUCUAUUUUGCAAGAAACUGAUGGGUUGAAAAAUCAUCCUGAUACCGUAGAUGAUUUAUUUAGGCUGUGUUCCAGGUUUCUUCGAACAACUCCAGUACCAUUUUUACAUGCUUCUAUGAUAGGCAACAUAGUAGAUUGUGCUUUAAUGGCUUGUAGUUUAGAUCAUAGAGAUGCUAAUGCCUCGGUCAUGAAAUUUUUUUAUGAAUUAAUCCACACUGGUCGAUAUGGCGAGAAUAAAUCUGACUUCACUAUACGGCGUCAAAUCGUUCAAAAUAAUAUUCUUCAUGAAAAAGGACAACUAUUAGUUUGGAGACUUAUUCAUGCCAUUGUAUUUUCUUUGUCGACGUACAUGCUAUCUGAUGUCGCCGAUGUUUUAAUUGAGUUGUCUUUGACUAAUCAACAGUUGAUGUCGGAAUGGUUGAGACAAGCUCUACAUCAAAUGCAAACUGAAAACACAGGAGUGUCUCCAGCUGCAACACCAGAACAACUUUCGGAAUUUCACAGCAGUGUCGUAGGGGCUGAAAAUCCGAAGCAAGUGGCUCACGCCUUGCGAUAUUUUUCACGAUUAUAUCGUUGAUUUAUCUUCAACGAUUCUUAAACCCAGGUUUCAAAAGAGAUAAUUACAAGUUUUGUAAUUCAAUAAGAUUACCAAAUUGGUAAUCCUGAGCAAUGAGUUAUUGUCAGAUAUUACACAUUUUACUAUUCUGGGUGUGUAGUAAAAUGUUCAGACGAAAUAUAAGUUUUAUUUCAAACGGAUACAAGUCUGUUGUCGAAACUAAAAACGAAUGUAAGAUUCGUUUUUCUUAUUUGAUUAUAUAUUUCUUGUUUUUAUAGUGCGAUUGCAAUAAGUUUUAUAUGCAUAAAGAGUGACACGUUUAUGACAAGUGAUGUUCUCCAAGCCGAUGUGUGUAUUGUAAAAAUGUAAAAAAAAACAAGUGCAAACAAUGUGUUUGACAGUGUACAUUGAAUCCUGUGAUGCUUGGACUAUAGGUUAUUUGAAUAUGUAGUCGUUUGAUGACUAAUUACGUAUUUUUCUAUUCUAUUAAAUUCAAAUAACUGAUCAUGAUUAAUGAACAUUUUUUUACCGUAUGCUUUAUGUAAAUUGAACAAGAUUUCUUAAACAAAGUAAAUUUUCGUAAAAUACUCGCUAGCUAUUGACUGCUAAUACAGCUUUAUGUUGUACAUGCUAUAAGAUGAAAAGAAACAACUUAGAAAUCUCAACAGUUAUUUUAUUAAUCAAAUGAAAAAUUCUCUUCUGAAAUAUUUUGUUUUAAAUAAAAAAAUUUUUUAUGUACAAUUUCUCUCCUUUGCUCAAGGAAUAAUACCUAUCAUCAAUAAA